AUGGUGAGGGAGCCUUCAAUCGCUUUAAAAACAAUUAUCCCCUUUUCGGACAACCGACAAAAAAAAAGGAGUUCUGAUUGUGACGAUGACGAAAUACCAUUAAUUAUUCAAGAGGAUUGGACAGAGGAAAGCUCCUCCUCAUCAUCAAGAUAUCGAGGUCGUAACUUACUAUCAUCUUCAUCUGAUGUUCCGCUCUCAAAUAUGAGAGCUCCAAAUGCAAAAUCAAGGACAAUUUCAUUUCAUGUCUCAAGUUACAUCAUUACAUAUUUUGGACCACUAUGUUUUGUUAUUCUUGUUACAAUGGGAAAGGAGGCAUAUGAUGAUUGGAAACGAUAUAAAAGAGACCAGGAAAAUAAUUCUCAAAAAUAUCAGAUAUUAACAAGGGACGGCUUCAAAAAUGUUCCAAGCUCGAAGCUUCGAGUCGGCGACUUGGUUAUAAUUCACAAAGAUCAAAGAGUUCCCGCUGAUUUAAUAUUACUUCGUACAACUGAAACGAGCGGCGCUUGUUUCAUUAGGACAGACCAAUUAGAUGGUGAAACUGACUGGAAACUGAGACUUGCUGUUCCAUAUUGCCAAAAGUUGCAUACUGAUUCAAACUUAUUAUCAAUCGACGCUGAGAUAUAUGCUGAUGCUCCAUCAAAAGACAUUCACAAUUUUAUUGGUAAUUUUUUGAGACAAAUACCUAACAAUGUAACACCUCAAACUGAACCGCUUAAUGUGGAAAACACUUUAUGGAUGAAUACAGUACUUGCAUCAGGUACUGCUAUCGGAUUUGUGAUAUAUACUGGCAAAGAUACGCGAGCAGUAAUGAAUACCAGUCAUCCAGAAACUAAGACUGGAUUAUUGGAUCUAGAAAUUAAUAAUCUUUCUAAGGUCAUUAAAGUUUGA